ACUUCACUGAGGAGCUGUUGGUCAGUGUGUGCACAGCUCCUGGAGGAUCGCAGGUGAGAUGAUGGAGGCCCUCCGGACCCUUGGCGGACUUCUGUCGGGUUUUCUCAAAUGCAGCAGAUCUACCCGGACAGUUACCUGAAAGAACCCGGGACCGGCUUACCGCGUUCGUUUUUUUUACAGCUACCGUUAAGCCACCGGUUGAUACCGGGAGCUGCGGGAUCUGGGCUGGACCGGUUUGUGUGUUUUGUUUAAAUCCCUGCUUUCAGAUUCACAAUGCUCCAGAACCGCCCAAAGCCCUCCAGACCCUGAAGCUGCAGAGACCCCGCGGUCCACCGGAAGAGAUGCCGCUGUCCAGAUCCUCUUUGCGGGACUCAGGCGGAGCGGGUUCCAGUGAUCCGGAUGCCGCGGACCGGCUGCGCUCCUUCCGGGACCGGCUGGAGGCCGUGGUGUUCGGGCUCGGGGAGCUGGAGUACCUGCGGGAGCGGCAGGAGGCGGUGGUCCGGGCCGCUCUGGAGAGGGAGGAGGAGAAGGAGCCCCGGAGGCUGCCUCACCGGAGCUCCGAGGAGAACAUCCUGCUUUUGAGGAAACAGCUGAGCUGUCUGAGGAGGAAGGAUGCUGUGCUGAUCACUCAGUUACAGGAGCUGGACCAACAGAUCAGUGACCUGCGACUGGAUCCUGAGGGAUCACAUGACCAGCUGGAAACGGACAGCCGACCAAGCUCAGGUUUCUAUGAGCUGAGCGAUGGGACAUCUGGCUCCCUCUCAAACUCGUCCCACUCUGUUUUCAGUGAGGGUUUCUGUCCAGCAGCUGACACAGAUGGACACUUCCAGUCCACAGAGGAGCUGGUCAGCUGUUUGGACAGUAGCGUCUUAGUUGGAGGACUUUGUGAUGAUCUGUCUCCCUUUGCUGCAGUUUGCCACUCGCUCUCAACUCCUCCCCCGCGCCCCAUAAAUGCAGCAUCCUUGGUAGUCUCUGACUCUCAGUCUAAAUCCCCUGGUGACCCGUUGGCCUGCAACAUCUACUGCUACCUGAGCCCGCUGUGCGCUGUGGCAAUCCAAAGCUCCACCUUCCUGCAGACCUUUUCUUCUGGAGCUCGAGGCAGAGAUGACACUGGUACUGAGUCUCUGAAACCAGAACCCACACCUCCAUCUGACUCGGUUUCAGACCCUCAGAUCUUCUCUUCUUCCCAGAAUAACAUGGACAGUUACAUUUACAGCCUACUGCAGCGGAGGGCCCAGCCCAUCAGGACCAGUAGACCUAGGACCAGCAUCAUCAUGGACCCCUCAAAGAGCCUCCAGCAGCAGGCCGGUCUCUGUGUGAGACCAGCUUUUAGUCCCAGUCCUGCUUUUGGAGCCAGAGCGUUUGAAAUAAAACCCUGUCAAUCUGCUGAGGAGCAGGAAGCUAACGUGAUUCAAACGGGCCUCCUCAGGUACCAGACCAGCCGCAGAACUUUGGUCUCCAACAGAGACGUUUACAGAACCACUAAUGGUCUGACAAGGAAGAGGAGCCGAGGACUUCCUCCCUUAGCUGGGGCUGUGAAAGCUCCUCUGAAGGACCUUUGCAAAUGGGGCCCUCCAACUCCAAAUUCCUCCCCCAAAGAGACAUCAUGUUGCUCCACCCACCAAGAGCUGCUUCUUAAAUCACCUCCACCUGUCAGAACACAGCUGGACUCUCCCAAGAACCGCUUCGAUCUGGUCCAAAGUGGCCCAGUAGUGAGGGGUGAAAAGUCAGAUCUGGUGGGAGGAGGAGGAAGAGGAAGGAGGAAGAGCAGCAAAAAUGGUCCCUCCAAGCAGAACGGUGUGAAACCCUGCAGGGGGAGCAACAAGAACACCAAGAACAGCACGAAGAUGGUUCUGGUUUCUCAAAACAACGAGCCGCCUUUGGACCGGAGAUGUGAGAUAAACCACCAAAAACCCAGUUCCAAGAAAUUCCAGGUCCUGGAAGGUGGAGCCUCCGCCCACAUCAAGGUGUCAACAAGAAGGAGGUGUGUGCCUGCAGCCGUUCUGGAACACCACCUUUCCAGUAACAAAGCCACAGCAGCUCUGAACACUGUCCAAUCAGCUGUGUUUAAGCAGUAUCACCGUGGCAACCGCCAUCAUCACCAUGGACGCAGUCAGGCGGUUGUCACAAAGCCGAAGAGCAAACGCAGUGAUUACUGCCGGUUACAUGCCAUCAUGGAGGUCCCGUCUGACGGGGCAGCAAGGCGAGCCCAGCGCCGGCAGAGGAAGGAGGUUCUGAGCAGCUCUGGAUCCAACAUGCACCCUUCUUUCAGAGGGCAGCGGGGGGGCUAUGCUGCAGCAAGUGACUCAGAGUAUUCAGCAGAGUGUGUUUCCCUCUUCCACUCCACCAUCGUGGACACCAGCGAGGAUGACAAGUCCAACUACACCACCAACUGUUUCGGGGAUGGCGAGUCCAGCAAGGAGGAAGAGGUGGAGGAGAGCUUCACCUCCAGUGGUACCGAGGAGAGUGUCGGAGGAGGAGCUGGGGGACGGGGCAGGAGGUGGAGGUGGUCUGGAUCCACCAGGGUGGGGGGGCAGGUCAUGAGUUCAGCUCAAACCAUGGCUUGUGUAAAGGUUAAGGCAUCUUACCACCUGAAGAAGAAGAUUUUGAGGUUCAGGUCAGGAACUCUCAAGCUCAUGACCACGGUGUGACCUGCCGGACUCGGCCCGACCUACACCGGUCCUGCUGUUUCAUCUGUGCGUAAGUUUAGCGGAGAGCUGCGACAAGGCGCUUCUGGGAUGCUUCUGACAUGUGCUGUGGAGCCCAGUGGGAACCGAACUGUUGACUAAAAAGCAGCGGAGGCUAUAACGUGGUGCACAUGCACCAGGUGGAAACGAGGGGUUAGUGGUAAAUGUCAUGUUCUCCGCCACAGAUAUGAUGAUAGUGUGUUGGAGGUGUUUAGUAGAUUCUGUCAAUUUACUUGUUUCCUGAAAGCAACUUGAAAGAGGGAAUGCCUUCAGCCUCCUGUGUUCUCUCAUGAUUCCACGCCCCCAUCUUCUGUAGCCACGCCCAGACUGGUGUCAGACUGAAACUAGUCUGACACCAGCCUGAAACCAGUCUGAUCCUGCUUUUAUUCAGUCUCAAUAAAACAACUUUCCAUUAGACUGAUUCUAUCAUGUCUGAUCUUCAGUUUGAUUUGACAGGAAACCACCAACCUGAGUCUUUCUAUCAGGUUUUUUCACUUUUAUAGUCAGCUUAUCAGUUCAUAAAUUUAUAUUAGUUUUUAUCUGUUUUCAUACAUUUUCCAUCAGGUUUACAUGAUGAUACCUUUAUACGUGAGGAGCUUCCAUGGCUUGAUGCUGUAGAACUGUAGUCACCUGCUCCACCCUGCAGAUGUUAACAUCUACCUGCUCCUCCAGGAAUUGGCAAAUCCCAUGAAAGUAUUCUUACUGUGUUUCUGUUUCAGCUGUUUCCUCUGAUGUCAUUAAACGUGAACUUUACCCUGAA